AUGGGUGUGAGAGCGUGGAUUAGAAAGCGCUUUCCUUGGCUUUCACGUCUAUCAUCUCGACCAUCCACAAAUCAGUCCAAUACUGUCUCUCUUGCUGAUGCCCAAACAAACCAAAUCAAUCAAGAGACGCCGAACGCUAAUGUGCUGCCUGGUAUCAAUGACUCCCCGGUCGAUCAAUUCAAAACGAACGAAGUAAUCGAACAAUUAGACGCUCAAGUCCAAGCAACAUCAUCUACAUUGGAUAAUACUCCGAUUCGAGAGCUCUGGAAUUUGGCAUACGAUAAAUUACGAGAGGAGGACAGUGCGCUAAUCGCAGAAUAUGAGGCAAAGCUACAAGGAAGCGUUGUCGCCGGGUUGGGCGAGACUGUUAAAUCGAAAUCGAAUAUAAGAGAGCGAAUGUCGGCGAUUCUCCAAAGCAAAAUGGACGAUGUGAACAAAAACACGGCCAAACUCAAGUUAGGCAGCUCCGAAGUCAAAAUUAGAGACGCUGCGCAACUUGUCUUAAAAGUUGUGGGCUCUGCCAACAGCUACAUCAGCCAGGCUGUGAGUCUUAACCAGUACGCCUCGAUAGCUUGGGCUGGUAUCAGCUUUCUGCUACCUUUAUUCAUGAAUAUAUCAACUCAAAGCGCCUCUCUGGUAAAAGGGUUAGAAUACAUCUCAUCCCUUGUCGCCCAAAGCCAAAUAAGAGAAGCGCUCUACAUUAAGUGCUACGAGUCGCGGACUGGAGGCUAUGAAGAGUUCCAGCAAUCGCACCGCGUGUAUAAAGCCGCUUUACAGCAACUCUAUAUGCAAAUCUUAAGAUUUCAAGCUAAAAGCUGUUGUUACUACUCAAAUAAUUCAGCCUUUCGCCACGGCCUUGAUGCCAUUAAGUGGAAUGAUUGGGACCAACUAGUGAACGACGUUCGCGAACGAGAUACAGAAUUUACUGCAAUCGAGCAGAUUUGGCAAAAUAUGCAACUCGUUGAAGAACGUUUAGCCGCCGAAACUCGGCAACAGAGUGUCAUAAACCACUUAUCCGCCAUUGAAACAGAUACAGCCGCGUCGCGCAAGGCGGCUGAGAGUGCAGUGGCUCGAAAGGAACGCGAAGAACUACUAAAGUGGCUGUGCGAUAUUGAUCCUUCGUCAAACUACAACACUGCGCGCGAAAUGCAUGAAGUUGGCACCAAUGAAUGGCUAGUAAAAGAUAGUGAAGAAUUUAAGGCCUGGGAGACAAAUGAUGGGUCAUUAUUAUGGCUCCAUGGAAAAGCGGGCUCAGGGAAAUCAGUCUUAAGCUCCUCAGUUAUCAACUACCUCAACGACAAAUAUAAAUCGCAGCCUUCAACCGCUAUCGCUUACUACUAUUUUAGUUUCAGCGACGCCAAGAAGCAAGAAGUAGGCGGAAUGCUUGCUUCGCUUGUUAAACAAAUUUGGUCUUGCAUGUCUGACGCGCCGCCAUUAAUUAAACGCUUCAGAGAUUAUAAAACAAGAGGCGGGCGUCCAGAUAUCAAAACUCUCGAGGCAGCGCUUAUGGCCUCUAUUUCAGAGCUCUCUGCUGUAUAUGUUGUUGUUGACGGUCUGGAUGAGUGUCCCAUUCUUGGCGGGGAAAGAGAAAGACUUCUGAAAAGUCUACAAAAUAUCCUCUUAAACGCACCCGAACCUCUCCAUGUUUUUUUAACAAGCCGCAAGGAACAAGAUAUCGAUCUUAAGAUACGCACUCUUUUAUUGGCACCGUCAAGAACUAGUAUCGAUCUAUUAGCCUAUCAGAUGGUCCUCAACAACGAUAUCCGUUGUUACAUCGACUCGAAACUGGCGAAUGAUAGUUUCGCGUCUUGGUCUCAGAGCACAAAGGAAAAGGCGAGAAGGUUGCUUGUUGAAAAGGCAGAUUGCAUGUUUCAAUAUGUUUGGUUUCAACUUGAGACACUUAAAAUGCUCUCAACUAAACCAGAUAUCGAGAAGGCUCUCCAAGAACUCCCUACAGGGCUUGAUGCAACCUAUAAUCGAAUUCUCGAAAGUAUAGAUGCCAAGUUUCAGCCCAGGGUUACAAAUUCGCUGAAGUGGCUUGCUUUCUCAAAAGGAGUGUUAUCUGUUGAACAACUCUCUGAAAUAUUCAUUAUUGACCCAGAUAACGAUAUUGCCUUCGAUGAGGAGGACCGCCUUUUCUCUCCUACGGAUGUACUCAAAUAUUUCUCUGGUUUAAUCAUCUCUCAGACGAGCAUAUUUGGCUCUCGCGUUCGUCUGGUCCAUUUUUCUGUCAAGGAAUAUUUGACUUCUGAUAGAAUACGAAGACGAAGCACUGCUUCGGCCUUCUCAUUUACAGAAGUUAACGCUCAUAUGCAUAUUGUGCGUUCUUGCCUCGCCUACCUCACAUGUUUAAGCACUGGAGGUGGCCAACACACACAUACUUAUGAUGACAUGAGCCACUAUAUCAAAAAUCUUUAUCCCUUGGCAAGUUACGCGUCCGCCAACUGGAGACUUCAUCUCAAGAAGAUUCCACGUGCAUCAUGGUCGGUCAAAGAUGUACAAGACGUGGUACUCGCACUUGCUGCCCGCAGCCAAAGCUUGCUCACUCUGCUCAGUCUAGACGAAAGUCGUGGAAGGUUCCCUAAUUACAUACCGAUUAGACCAUAUUGUUAUACUGCUGAAUGCGGCCUCCGUCAAUUAACUGAGAUGCUGGUCUCUCAAAGGCUUGGAGCAAAUAAAUAUAUGACGCAAGAGGAUUUGGAUUUCGGACUUCAACAUGCAGCUUUUGGAGGAGAUACAGACCUCGUGUGUUUUUUUCUUGCAAAGGGCGCCAAACUUGAUGUGCAUUGCAGUAGCUUGAAUUCAGCUCUGUGUGCGGCUGUAAAGGGCGGGCGCAUCAACAUUUUGGAGAUCCUUUUGAACCGUGGGGCCAAUAUUGACUCUCACCCAAGUUUACUUACAAGCGUAAGUCCCUUGGCCCGCUUCCAACACCUUACGAACUUUCUCCUCAACAAAGGCGCAAACAUAGAUAUGCAGGAUGAAUAUCAUGGGACAGCGCUUCACAAGGCAAUAACGGACAAUAAUAAAGGCCACUUUGACCUACUGCUAGAGAGAGGUGCUGACGUGAAUGCGUUGAAUGAGAAGCUCGGCACGCCGCUUCACGCAGCAUGUACUCUAAUUAGCGGGCACGCAGAUCUCAGUCACUACUUCAUUAGAACACUAUUAGAACGCGGCGCAGACCCCAACAUUCGUGGUGGAAGGUAUGCCACAGCACUACAGGCUGCGUGCUCGACCGGGCUACGUGAUCGAGGGAGAAUUGGGCGAGAAAUGAAGGUUGUACAACUUCUUAUUGAGCAUGGCGCCGACGCGAGCAUUCCAGGGGGGGAAUAUGGGACAGCACUUCAUGCGGCUGCAGCAUCACAUUUUCCCGAUGAAGCAAUUCAAGUGAUGAAGCUCCUCCUUGAUCACGGCGCCAAAGUCGACCAGCCGGGCGGCGACCGGUGGGGAACAGCGCUACAGGUUGCUUGUCGCGAGGGGACGAUUGAGGCAGUACGAUUCCUGCUCGACCAUGGUGCUGAUGUCAACGCCGAAGGUGGUAGUCAAUUCAGCACAUCAUUGCAAGCUGCCGCCGGUCGGACGGGUGUUUGGUAUGAACCGGCAAAGCUACAGAUAAUGGAGAUGCUUAUAAAUAAUGGUGCCGAGGUCAACCAGCAAAGUGGAGAGUGCGGAACCGCGCUACAGACUGCUUGCCUUCGUGAAGAAAGUGUGCCAGUCCUCUUGCUCCUCGAAAACGGUGCGGAUGUCAAUGCGAGAGGCGGCAGGCAUGGAACAGCACUCAUGGCUGCUUGUACCUGGAGUUACGCAAAGCGGGUGCGGCUGCUGCUAGAUCGUGGCGCUGAUGUAAAUGCACAAACUGAAGAGCAUGGAACAGCGCUCAUGGUUGCCUGCGAACCCAAAUAUACUAAUCUGCGGAAGGCUAACAUGGAAGUGGUGCGAUUGCUUCUCGACCGCGGUGCUGAUGUAAAUGCGCAAGGCGGUAAAUAUGGGACAGCCCUUUCAGCUGCUUGCAGGGGCGACUCUGAGUUGGCGCAACUGCUGCUCGUACGUGGUGCAGAUGUGCAUCUCCAAGAUUGCGCUGCUUGGCAUUCGGCCGCUCUCUGCAAAACUUCGAAGUAUUUAAAUGACAACGACAAUGUGCUUCGGCUUUUGCUUGGCCAGGACGGCAUAGAUGUCAAUCAUAUGCAUGAAGAAUAUGGCAGUGCCCUACAUACUAUGAUGAGUAUUAAUCAUGAUAAUGCUCUGGAAGAUAAAGUUGCCAUGCAAGAAUGGCGUAAGGGAGUCGAUGUUUUACUUGAGCACAGCAUAGAUGCUAACGCAAUGAACGAGAGGUUGGGCUCUGCGCUUCACGUGGCAUGUGCGGCAAAGCACGACGAUAGGCAUAAGGAUAUCGAAACGGUGUGCUGGAGCUGUACAGAUGCCAAUUUCAAAUCUAACAAAACAAAGUACCUUCUCGACCAGUGCCCUGAUAUCAACGUGAAUGCGCAAGGCGGUGCCUUUGGCUCAGCUCUCCAGGCUGCUGCGUAUUCGGGCCAGACUCUAUCAGUAAGAUUACUGUUGGAUAGAAAAGCCGAUGUUAAUGCUCGCUCCGGAAAGUACAGAAGUCCAUUGAACGGGGCUGUUAUCAGCGGUUAUUGGGACAUUGUCGAGAUCCUUCUUGAAGCUGGUGCGACGCCCGACUGUCAUUUGCAAGAGCAGCCUGAUGAAGAAUGGGUCCAGACAGUAUUUGAGGAGCACGGCCGAGGGGCUGUUGAGAGAUACAGGAAGUUUUGGGAGGUGGAAAUGGAGAAUAAAGUAGAAGGGAUAUAGGAGGCUUGAACUUAUAACAAUGAUGUAUCUAAGGGUUUUCUUCCCCCAGAUUUGAUUGGCUCAUAAUUUGAGGUGAGGGUUGUUUUUCAACGAGAAAUGAUAAAACUUGACAUAUAG